AUGCCUGGAAGAUAUCCUCCCGAGAUUUCUGGAGGAUCCCAAAGCUCCUCCGGCCGACCUGGUUCAAAGGUAGAGGAAGCGUCAACAGAACGAGGUAGUUUGACCAAGGACCAGGCCUUAGCCUUCUUGGCCUUAGGAAAGAUCAGAGAUGGAGCAGAUGGAUCAGAAAAGAUGGGACCUGUAGCUCUGACGGCGGCCGGGGCAAUGUCAAGGACUUACAAGAGCGGCGUGGGCGCAGAGAUUCUGGCGACUUUAGGGUUCCGCCCUUCAUCCACACCAGGUCUUGUUGGAAGCCGUGAGAAGCGACACCGAAACGUUUUGCGGACGAACUCGACAUCCAAGGACUCUGUGUGGGAGACAGCCGACGUCGCAGCGCUGCAGCGCUUUGUGGCCAGCGAUGAUGUGUGGAGUCCAGAUCUUGAGGUGCCAUGCCUCACCUCAGGGCUGCCGACGCCUGAUUCGGUGCAAGCGCAGAAGGAGGCCCACGCGAAAGAGCUGGAGUUGGAGCUCCGGAGGGGUGUGGAUCAGCUGUCCAAAGAGCACAAGAAACUCACGGACAAUCUGCACGCCAACGCCAACCAUCAACGAAGCCAGUAUAGUAUUGCUCUGUCCAAAAUGGUCAAGGAGCAAGAGACCUUGCUGAGAGAUCAGCACGAGGCGCAACUGCGAGAACUGCGCUGGAUGGCGCAGCGGCAAAUUGGUGAGUUGGAACGACAGGCCGAAUUGCUGGUGAAUGCUUGGCAGGACCAAGAUGGAGGAACUCCGCAUUCCCAUGCGCAGCCCCUUCAACCACGCCCUUCCCAAGUGCCACUGCCCGGCCCGAGAGUCCGGGCGAGCGAUGUGGUCGCGCACACCGUGCAGGCAACUCCAUUGGCCACGCCAGCGACGAUGCCACAGGCGGGCUCCAUGCGCCUUGCAAUGCCCGCCCGCAAAUCUGGUCUGAGUUUGUCGCAACGAGGAAGCAUUGCACGCGUUGCGGCGGGCUCGUAUUCCCCGCCUUACUCGGCGGUGCAGGUUGCUCGGAGUGCAUCCUCCGUGCAAGUCAUUCAGGCGCAGCCAGUGGUGAGGCCAUGCUCGAUGCGAUCACCCAUUGCCAUGGCUGCGCCGGCGCAAACUGUUGCGCCUGGGGUGCAUGUGCGGCUGUGA